AUGAGCCAUACAAAAAAGCAUAAACGGCAUCGUCAUCAUUCGGACGAUGAACGAGAUGAAGAUGAACAUCGAAAACAGCAUCGACCGAAACCAAUAGAACAACCUAUUGAAGAACCAGCUAUAGAUCCAUUAUUUGAUUGGCUUAGUCGACGUGAUUAUCUUACUGAGACAUAUCUAAUUGAUACUGUUGUGUUCAGUUCUCCAACAAGUAUUGAAGAUUUUUGGAAAUUUGUACAAAAAUAUCAAUUAUUUCAACAACGACGAAAGCAACCACCUAAAUCAACAUCACCUGAUGCUGAUCAGCAACAAUCGAAUAUAUUAAAUAUACCAAUAGUUUAUGAGAAAAAAUAUCGUUUGAAUUUCUCCAUCACAAUAAAUAAAUCAACAAUACAGAAUGUUCCACGUUAUGAUAUGACUGGUGAGAAAAUUAUUGAUCAUCAUCGAUUGUCGCCAACGCGAUUAGCUGAAUUUAAAUCCAUCAUUGAAUAUUAUUUUGAUUUUAAUCAAAAAGAAAAAUUUAAACGUAUUCAUAAACUUCGACAAGAUCAAAAUAAUCUUCCGAUUGCCAACCAUCGUCGGGAGAUUUUAGAGGAAUUAAAAACUCAACAAGUUAUUUUAAUUGCCGGUGAUACCGGCUGUGGUAAAUCAACACAGAUUCCAAGAUUUUUGCUCGAAGCUGGUUUUGAUAAAAUAGCAUGUACACAACCAAGGCGUAUCGCGUGUAUUUCGUUGGCUAAGCGCGUUAGUUAUGAAACAUUAAAUGAAUAUGAUAAUCAAGUUGGAUAUCAAGUUCGUUUUGAAAAAACUCGAGAAAAAUCGACUCGAAUUAUAUUUAUGACAGAAGGUAUUCUCUUACGGCAACUCCAAACAGAUUCAUCUCUAUCCGAUUAUGAUAUAUUGGUUAUUGACGAAGUACAUGAACGUCAUUUAUUUACUGAUUUUAUUUUGGGUAUUAUUAAAUGCCUGAUAACUCAACGACGAGAUCUUAAAGUUAUUCUUAUGUCGGCAACAAUUAAUAUUGAGCUAUUUUCAAAAUAUUUCGAUAAUUGUCCUGUUGUGAAAGUGCCCGGUCGUUUGUAUAAAAUUCAAGUAAAUUAUCUUCCAAUUAAAGUUGAAGAAUCAGCAGGAAAAACGUCGAAAAUCGAUGCAAAACCAUAUUUACGUAUUAUGGAACAAAUUGAUAAUAAAUAUCCAUCGACCGAUCGUGGUGAUAUGCUUAUCUUUUUAAGCGGUUUAGCUGAAAUUCAAGGAGUUAUGGAAGCAGCUCAAUCGUAUUCUCAAGAAAAUCAACGCUGGAUUGUUCUUCCAUUACACAGUGCACUUUCGCUCGAAGAACAAGAUAAAGUAUUUGAUAUGCCACCUGAAGGUGUACGCAAAUGUAUUAUAUCAACCAAUAUAGCUGAAACAUCAGUUACAAUCGAUGGUGUACGUUUUAUUAUUGAUUCGGGAAAAGUGAAAGAAAUGUCCUAUGAUGGAAAAUAUAAAAUGCAACGUUUACAAGAAUUUAACAUCAGCCGUGCUAGUGCUGAACAACGUAAAGGUCGUGCUGGACGUACAGGGCCUGGCGUCUGUUUUCGUUUGUAUAGUGAGCAAGAUUAUAUAACUUUUCAAGAAUAUUCAACGCCAGAGAUUCGUCGUGUACCGUUGGAUUCACUUUUAUUACAGAUGAUUUCCAUGGGUUUAAAAGAUCCGAGAAAAUUUCCAUUUGUUGAAGCGCCAGACAUGACAGCGAUUGAUAGUGCUUUACUUCGUCUUCAAGAGCAAGCAGCUUUAUCCACAAUCGAUUGUUCAUUGACACCUAUUGGUUCAAUGCUUGCUCGAUUACCUGUGGAUGUUUCCAUAGGAAAAAUGUUGAUUUUUGCUUGUAUUUUUCAAUAUGUCAAUCCAAUAUUAAUCAUGGCAUCAGCAUUGAGUAUUCAAUCACCAUUUCUUAGUUUUCUACAAUGUGAUCCUGAAACGAUAACACGUCGUCGACCAAUGAUGUCGACUCAUGGUGAUCCGUUUACAUUGUUAAAUGUUUUUGAUGAAUGGAUUUAUGUCAAAUCCGAUGGACAAGUUACUCGUACAUGGUGUAAACGACGCGGUGUUGAAGAACAACGUCUGUAUGAUAUAACAAAACUUCGUCGGCAAUUUCAAGAUAUCCUUCGAGAUUAUAAUUUAGAAAUUGAUUAUCAACAAGUAAAACGACGUACAACACUUGAAAAACGUGAACAUUGGAAGAAAAAACAACAAUUAAAAGAUCUCAGAUCAGAACAUGAUAAGGAGUCAAAACAAAGAAAAUUUCUUAAAUUAGAAGACUCAUCGAUAACUAAUACAAUGAAUGAUGAUCAUGGCGAAAAUAAUUUGACAAAAGAAGUCAUGAAAACAACUGACAAAAUCCGCGAUAUUGAAUUUCGACUUAUAAAUGAUCUAUCGACAUUAAAAGACAUGUCGACGGAUAGUCAAAAUUAUCGAUCGAAAGAUAUAAACAUGUUGAAAUUAAUUCUUUGUUCUGGCCUCUAUCCACAAGUUGCAAUUGCUGAUGAAUUUAAUAAUUACAAACGGGAUUGUGAUCAAUUUUUUCAUACAAAAACUAAACAAUUCGUUGUUCUACAUCCGACUUGUGUUUUCACCUAUGAUCCCGACAAUCUACUUCCUCCAACUUCAGCCAAGACAACAACUAGUUCAAAUAAUAAAAAACAAGUAUUUAGCAAUCGACAUGAACUUCUCGUCUACGUUACAUUACUGGAAACGAAUAAACCAUAUAUUAUGAAUGUCAUGCGUACACCUGCCAUGCAAACGCUAUUUCUUUAUGCAUCGACCAUUGAAACAAAUAAUGAUUUUACUCGUAUACUUUGUGAUCAAUGGCUGGAAGUCACAUUUGAAAAUGCUGAGACAGCACAAGGUGUUAUAUCAUCAUUAUUACUUUUACGUAAUGCUCGUGAUCUACUGCUUCAAAUGACAUUGCAAGACUUAAAUAAAUCCAUUGAUGUUGAGCUUCUGUCUAAACCGCGUACAUAUCAAUUGCAACAUUUACUAUCAAUGAAAAUGGCUGAUUUUCUUGAAAAUUCAUGUGUUUAUGCUAUUCGACGUGUUUUAUCGGCCGAAUUAGAUACUAUAUAUCGGCCACAAAACGUCGAAAAUGCAGACGAUGAUGAUAGUACUAUUCGCAAAGAAAGUACUAAAAUCAAUGAAUAUUUAACAUAUAAUUGUUUACGCUCUAAUGAUGAUCAAGAAUCAUUUUGGUCCGAAUAUGCAGGUUCUACAAUGCAAAUACAUUGGGUGUGUCCGUAUUGCAACGAAGAUAUUCUUGUUAAUCCUGCUGAGCGUGUAGCACAUGAAAAUCAAUGUCAACUAAGUUCUUUAUGUAAUAAUGAAAAUCCAAUUUUCAAAUCAGCACAGUCGACAACGAACAAAAGUAGUUUAUUAAGCAACUUAACAACCGUAGCAAGUACGUCAACAACACCUGUCCCGUCGACAAAAGAUUAUCAUUGUGAUACAUGCCAACAAACAUUCAAAUUCACAAGUAUAGAAAUACUCCGACAUCGUGCUACACAUUAA